AUGGUCCAACCACGCAUGCUCGAGAAGGCCGAUGAGACCUCAGCCAACGACGAGAACGAGGUCCGUCGCGAAGAUCAAGAAAAAAUUAACCGAUUCAGUCGGCUGCAUCAACGAGAGACCACUAUUGAAGAGCAGCUGAAAGGAAAACAAGUAAGUCAGCUCCGAAAAUCUAGUUCUGGCCCUCUAACCCGCCUCCAGAAAGACAAGGAAGAUCUCGAGGAGGUCUCCUUAGAGCUGGAGCUGGCCGAUGAAGACGAUCUUGUGCCCUAUAAAAUUGGAGACAGCUUCUUCCAGCUCCCUCUCUCAGACGCGCAGGGAAUGCUCUCCGCGUCAACGGAGAAGGUUGAUGGCGAGAUCUCCAACCUGGAGGAGUCGAUCGGAGAACUGCGAGAGGAGAUGCAGCAGCUGAAGGUUGCGCUAUAUGCGCGAUUUGGUCGGAGUAUCAAUCUGGAGACUUAA